AAAAUGUCAGGUUUCAAUGUAUCAAGUUGACGUCUAUAAAAAAAAAUCCUGUAUAACAUCACGUGAGAACGUAGACGACGGGAUCACAAACAGGAAGCAGCCAAGCAGUAGAGCUACCGGCCAUCGAUUAACGGAGAAACGAACAGACAAGGUUUUUGGAUCGGGGCAGAGAGACUUAGUGAAAGUUCUUCGAAUGUUUUCGGAUAUGACUUUCACAUGCAGCUCGUCGAUCCGUGUCUGGGCCACAAACCCAGGCUGCCUCCUUUUCCUGUUUGUCCUGUCAGGUUCAGCCUCAGCAGAUAUCGUCCCACAGACAAUAACAGCCUAUGUGACUGAAACCGUCGUCCUGCCGUGCCGCAUCACUGUGGAUAGUGAACUCCCCACGGUGGAGUGGUCCAAGGAGGGCUUAAGGGAAAACAACAUCACCUUACUGUACCGGGACGGCUGCGAGACGUUUGAGAUGAAGAAUCCAGCCUUCCACUACAGGACAAACCUUCUUUUGAACAAACUGAAGGACGGCAACAUCUCUCAGAUCAUUUACAACCUGAGGGUGUCUGAUGGAGGCAAGUACAACUGCAGGACCCUCAGGGGGAAGGAGUGGCAGGUUCACGCGAUUAUCGUCCUUAAUGUGGGUGCCACGUCAAAGCCAGAGCUCACAGUUGUUCCCUCCACUGAGGGUGGAGAACUGACCCUGGAGUGUAAGGCGGAGUGCUGGUUCCCAGAACCUGACAUCACGUUUUACGAUGACGAAAGGAACGAGAUUCCAGCAGAAAAACCAACAAGAGGUCCAAACUCUACAGAAUGUUUUACAGUUACCAGGAGAGCAGUUGUGCAGACUAAAAUCAACAGAGUGACCUGCAAAGUCCAUGAGAGAAAGUUCAAUCAGACCAAGAACACAGAGAUUUACAUCCCAGAUGACUGGAUCAGGUCCUGCUCAAGCAAGGCAGCCAUCACAGGAACCGUCACUUUCUUAUUCACAGGGUUAAUAUGUGGAAUUGUUUUCCUGGUGCACAAGAAGUUCUGCAGGAGUGGACAAAACUUCUGUCGGUCAAGAAGUAAACAUAUGAAAGAAGAGAAAGAUGAGAUGGACAGGCGCAGUGGUACCUCACAGGAAGAUGAGUACACAUAUGAUUCCAGAACAUCACCAAACGGGACAGAGCUAGCAGACCAGUCACCCGUUGACAACAGGUCACCAGGACAGGACUCGUCCAUGAUAAAAAGUUCUGGAUCGAGUGCUUCAAGACGAGACAAAACCCCCGGCUCACUGAACACAGACGGACACAGGUCUGUGUCCUUUUCCUCCUCCAAAGGAAACUCUCUGCUCCCUAUUACACAUCAAAGAAGCUUAAGUUACCGGUCAAAUGCAAGUGAGAGUUCAGAGUCACUGUUGGAUAAACCAGAAAGCUAAAACGUGGAAAGGACUAGCCCUGUCACUAACCUGCAUUGUUAUGCCAUUCUCAGUAUGGUACAUGUACAUGUACAUGGUCUCAAAACAACGAUGUUAUCGUUUAUCGCAAUAACCUCUAGGAAAAUGUAUUAUUUAGCAAAAUUUAUUAUGACAGGGCUAGAAAGGACAGGACACAAGACUACAAAGGCGUAAUCAAAAACCAAGGAUUCAAAGACUUGUGUUCAGGGAUCGUUUUCUAAUGGUCAGGUUCCAGUCUGAACAGUUCACAUCCUUCCUAGAACAUGUCCGGGGCCUCAUGCAGAGAGAUAUGGGGCCUCAUGUAUAAAAAAGUGAGCAGUUUUCACAACAAAACUUUGCCGUACGGACAAAUUUAGAAAAGCGCGGUGCACAAAAAGAUCCGGAUGUAUAAAUCCCAAUUUGCGGGAAAAUAGAGUGCAGCUGCUAGUCCGGCCUUUCGCCACCUCCAACUACAUAUGAAAAUUAGUAUAAAUACCCGGAAAUUUGCCACCACGUGUAGCAAUAACCAUGGCAACGUCCUUGUUUGUAGCAGUACAAGUAUUUAUAAUAAUAAUAAUUAUAUUAUUAAUAUAAUAAGAAUAAUUAUUAUUAUUAUUAAAAGGUGCUUUCAGGGUACAUAAGGUCACCUCACAAAAAUUAAAUAAAAAACAAUAACAAUAAAUAAAUAAAUAAAUAAAGAGAUUGUGCAAAUGCAUGUGAUUAUAAACACCUUGAUCACCUUAAAAAUAAUCAAACCUGUUUGGAGUUAAUCUGCUGAUCCAACCCCACUUUUUUUCCAGUGAAAAUGAAAUGACCCCAUAGAUGCAUUUCAUGCGCUUCGGCGCACAGACCGAUGAGUUACAUCUUUAUGAAACAAAAACUGAGGAAAUAUAUUUUUUUUAUGUUCGAGCAAGUUUUUACAAUCUUUUAUUUUUGUUUUCUUUAUUUUGUGUGCGUGUGAGGUUAUUUGUCUGAGGAUGAAAGCGGUUCAGUUUCAUUGUUUUAAACAAAAUAUUAAAAUCAUGUAAAAAAAAAACCAUUGGUUUUGUUGCUUCUUGACUACACUGAAUGUAGUCAGAUUUAAGUGUAUUUAUUUGAGUUUUGACGUUUUCUAGUUUGAUAUUGUUCACAGAAAAAGUUUGCAUGGCUGCCGCACAUUUUCACGGCAGGGAUAAAGCGUAUUUACGCAAACUUUUGACACACAGUGCAUUUUUAUACAUGCCGCCUUGUGCGUAAAAUAUGGCGCUGCACAUUGUUUGUGCUUACGCACGCUUUAUACACAAGGCUCAUGGAGACUAUGGCAUUCAUGGCAAGGUCCAGUUUCAGUCAGCAAGUUGGGGGAAUAAUCAUUAUCCCUAAAACAAGCUAGGAAUUAUGGUAGAGUUUCUUUUUCGGGUAUUUUAUGUAAGAUUGCUUCAAUUCAGCCUAAUGCUUCCUUAAUGAGUACAGACCAUUUGCUUUAACUUCUGUCAUUAUGGAAGAGAAGUGUUACAACUACCUACCCACUACGUUAUUUGGCAUCGAGGGUAAACAGGUCUGUACAUGGUGCUGCCUUCCCGGGGCCUCAUAACAUCCCUCAAUAUUUCAAAGGGAAAGCUACGUAUGUGCUGGAGCUAUUUAUUGAUUUUAGCUUAGCUUUUAACAUCGUCCCAAUGAGGCUGUGUGCUAAACUCCUGAGGUUGCAUGUCAUGUCAUCCAUUUGCAAAUAGGUCCUUGACUUUUUCUUUUACAAAACACAAGUUUGAGUGAGGUUUUUACUCAAACACAAGUUUGAGUCACUCUCUCGUGCUCCUUCAACACCAAUGACUCCACGUCACCAUGACUCAGUCAGGAUGGUAAACGGUUUUAUGUGUCUAGGGACCAUCCAUCAUGACCUCUGAUCUUAAGUGAUCUCUGGUACGAUCGUGUCAGCCAUAUUGUCAAGAAGGUACACCAAUGUUGUGUCCUUUUUUCUUUACAAAGGACAACUUUUUAAGAGUUACUUCAACAUUUUACUGUUACUUCUAUUCCCUGAUCUAUGUGUUCUUGUGUAUCUUCUGAUAGAUUAUGAGGAAUUGUUUUUACCUCUUACCUUUUUAUUUAGUCUGAUUUAUGUUCCAACUGUGUCAAGUUUCUGUAAUGUAUUACUAUGUUGGAGCAACAAAGCAAGUACUGACAAUAAAAUAUGAUCUUGAUUUGA